AUGGCGUCCUUAACAGAGGAAUUGAAACUACUUUCAUUGCCUGCUCCAAGCAAAAUAAACCUUGAUAUUUUUGAGAAUGAUCCAACUAGUGCUCGAGUAAUAAGUAAAGAUGAUAUCUAUGAGGAUGAGAGCGAAAAUAAAGUAUUAAAUAAAAGUAAUUUAAGAAAGAAGGCUGCCAUAUUGUUGGCUGAUGAAGAUAAGAGAUAUGCAGGGGAGGCUAUAUCCAGGAAAGAUUUGUUGAAAUUGAGAGGAGAUGUUAGUGAAGAUGAAGAGCUAUCACAAGAUGAUGGUAGUAUAAUAUAAUAAUGUUUUCAUUGCCAUAUUUACAUGUAAUAGAGGUUGAGAUGCUAAAGGUCAGUUGUUGACCUACAAAAUAUUUGGUAUGUAACUGUCCAAAGAAGCCAGACCAGAAAAUAGAGACACACAGAAGGUCGAUUUCUUGGUUUUGCCUACAAUUUUGGUGUAACUGUCCUAGCCAGUGUGCUUAUGAGAGGCAUUGACCCCCUGAAAAUAUUCAAAAAUGGCACAUGUUCAGGGGGGUGAAGCCUCUCAUAAGCACACUAGCUAGGAACACAAAUCAUGACAUGAAGCGGUUACAUUUUUUUGGCUGAGUCGACCUUCUGUGUGUCUCUAUUCUGUGACCAGACUCUAAAGUUUUAUUGGUGCAUGGCAGUUGUGUGGAAAUGAAGGCAGAACAUUUGAGAAUGGCUGCAUUGUAUUCAUAGCUGGGCAGUCAUUUACAGUUCUAAAUUGUGUGAUGUUUCCUCACAAUACAUCAAAAACAAAAUAAAAAUACAUUAAUUCAACAAAAAGUUUGUAGGAUAUUCUUGAAAAUAUGUGGAAUACAGUCUGGCCUAGAAGGUGUACGACUGUCUAUGUUGCCUGCAUGCUGUAAUAAAACAAUAUAUAACAUUUGGAAGUUUGAAUAAUUAUGAAUUUUGUCUAUUAUCUUUUAUAAUUUAGAUGGCAGUGGAUCUCAUUCUGACUAUGAGAAACAGCAAGACUUGGAGAACAUGUUGGAUGAAAAUUAUGAAUUUAGUGAAUCUGGGAGUGAUGAAAGUGCAAGUGAAGACAGUGAUGAGGGAAUAGAAAAGGAAGAUGAUAAAGUGGAAGAAGAGGAAGGAUGGGAUGAAGUGGAAGCACAGGAUGAACAGGAAGUAGGAUGGGAUGAAAAUGAGAUAGAAGAAAAUAGUGAAAUGGAUGAAAGUGAUGUGGAAAGACAAGAAGGAUGGGAGGAAGAUGAGGAAGGAGAAGAAUAUGAGGAAGGAGAAGAAUAUGAUAAAAAAGAAAUGCAGAAGUUUUCACGUUCAGACAUAGAUGAAGUUCAGAAAGGAAAGGCGGUGGUUCAUCAAAUUGGUGAGUAAGAGUAUGGCGGUAUAGCACUAUCAUGCAGUAGACAUAUGGUGGUUAACAUGUAGAGUGAGAAAAUAAUGUUGGUUUCAUUUCCUUGCCCUUUUACGUGUCAACAGUUCUGAAGCCUGCUGCCUCAUAACGUUUACCAGACCCACAAAUACAAGAUACACAUGAACCCAAAAUGAAUAUUUACUUUUAAUACUUGAAUUUUUUCGACCAAUAGCAUUGUGGGAUAGUCUACUUGAAAAUCGGAUCAGAUUACAAAAGAUGCUGGUUGAAGUGAAUAAAUUGCCACAACAUGAUGCGUUUGAUGAUAUCAAAGAAAGAGGAGGAGGUCAGAUUAAAGAUCCAUUAAAUAAUAGUAAGUUGGUUUGUUGUUUGAACAUUUUGAUGGUCAGUGGGUCAAGAAAUGUCAGUGGGUCAUAUCACACAAAUCAUAUCACAUACACCACGCAAAAGUCGUUAUAGAUCCAGAUUAUUUCACAUUGGUGAUUUGGUGAUCAGUCUGAUCAUGACUUGAUCAUGACAGCAACAUACCACUAAACCAAGCAUUACUGUUUACUAGUACUGACAUACCAUUAAUAAUCAAUUUGCACUAAUUCAGUGUUAUCCAUUAACCCAUUGCAGGCCUUGAAUUUGAGAAACAUAAAGGCAAGGCCGGUUUGUCCUUGAAUGUUACUAAGUUUUUCAGGGCAUCAAGGCCAGUACACAGGGCAUCAAGAUUCAAGACCAGUUUGAAAAUUUUAUUCAGUUGCUAUUUUGAAGUUUCAAAUUUCGUUUGAGUUUACAGAACAGCAACAAUAUUUAAAAAAAAUGCCAAACACUAUGGAUAUUUUAAUACAUGAUUCUGGCUGACGGAAAGGUGCAUUUAAAUACUAUUUUAAAUUUAUUGCCAAUUUUACAAAUCAUACACUUGGUUUUCUAAAGCCUAAGUACUGUAGUCUGGGGUUGAGGGUAGAUAGAUAGAUAGAUAGAUAAACUUUAUUUAAACACGCUGACCCCGUCAACCGAAGCUGAUUUCCACGAGGGGUGUGCGAAAAGUAUACAGAAAAGAAUUUUAAAACUAUUUACAAAAUUGCUGGCCGUGGAUUUCAGUAUAUUUCGAGGGCAUAGUGGCCAACAGGCAGGGCAUCGACGGCCAGUGGCCGCCGCUAAAUUCGAGGCAUGCAUUGAGCCACAAUGUGCCCCAGUGCGCCCUACUUAUUUUUUUUACUUGUCUAACGCCAGAUGAUUUUACUUGUCUAACGCCAGACGAUUUUACUCGUCAGUGGGGAAGCUCUGCAGUAUGGGUUAAUAAUCAAUUUGUACUAAUUUAUCUUUUCACUUGAUUUCAUUUUAUUCCCAGUUGUCAUUUUGCUCUUCCCAAGCAAUUAUGCUUUGUUUUAAUUACAUUUAGCUCAACAGUUAUUGACAAGCCUUGUUCACAACUUGCUCAUACUGCAACAAACACUUUAUGAAAGAAACUCAGACACUGCUGGAAUACUGAAGAAAGAAAGUGAAAGUAAAACAGGUGACUCUGAUGAAGACAUACCCAGUGAUGAUGAGGAUAACGAGGCAGGAGAUAACGAGGGAGGUAACAAAAAAGACAACAAGGUGAAUGGUGAGAGAAAAGAUGAUGGUGAAGAUUCUUUGAAACUUUCAAGAAAAAGAAAACAGUCAAUGGUAAGCAAUCUUACAUCACAAAGAUUCAGGGAUGGAUCCAGCAUGAUCUGGUGGGGAGGGGGUGUUCUGCCAGCUCUCGUGCCAAGUUGUGUUGGUCGCGUGCACCGCCCGCCCAUCAACUUGCUUGACUAUUGCAAAGUCUUGCUUGACUACUGUAUUUGAAUUGUAAUUGUUGUUCACAGUUUGUUUAUCAUGUUAUUACUCAAAUUACUGUAUCUCAUUUUGCUUUAUCAUGAAAAAUAGGACCCCCCUGCACCCCCUCUGGCGGGGACUAGGGGUGCACCCUCCCCCCCCUCCCCCCAGUAAAUCCAUCCAUAGAUUAGGAUUAGAGUUGGGGUUGGGUUGAGGUUGAGUUAAGGUUUGCCUUAGGAAAACACAAAUUAUCAUUAUUUUCUUUUUCACAGCACUUGGAUGAGUACUCUGAACACAUCACUAAACGUCAUGCAGCAUUUGAACAUUUCAGAGACACGACAAUCAAGAAAUGGAAUGACAAAACUAGACUUGCUUCUGGCAAAGUCAGUAACAAGGUGAGAAAUUCAUCUUUCAUUCUUGGUGAGCUUCUCUGAUGGUGACUAGUUGAGAAAAGUUGAAAGCAUCUGAAGCAUGUUUUACUUUAUGCACAAGCAUUCCAUUUUUCUUUGCAGUCUUUUAACUCAUUUGACAGAUCAACAUUGAAUCAAAUAAAACAGGUAUAGUAUUGUAACACUCUGUUUAGUUGCUAAUACAUUGUUGUUGUUGUUGUUGUUGUUGUUGUUGUUGUUGUUGUUGUUGUUGUUGUUGUUGUUGUAACCAAAUUAAAGGCAGAACAAGAAUAUUUUGUUAUAAUUCUAAUAUCAUUAAAUAUUAUAUACUGAUUUUCAGAUCCUCAGUGACAGAGACAGGUUGAUAAAAAGGACACAGCUAAAACGGAGCUCGUAUCGAGUCUUGGGGAAAACAGAAGUUAAUGAAAACAAUAAUUCGAUGGUAAAAGCUUUAGAAAAUCUUAUCAGCUUAAUAAUAGUGUAAACUUGAUACAUUGUUCCAAUAGACCUUUUCCCUUAUGAGUGAAAUUUUGAUCUAGAUAUGCCUGGACAAAAAUUUCAUCACAGCUUGAAAGAGCAACACAAAAUUAGUAAUAUUCCGAAGUUGGAUCAUCUGAUUAUCAAUUUCCCAUUUGUAAUACAAUAUGACUGAAAAACGGCAAACUUCGCCAGGCUAUAUUAUCCGCAUUUUACAACAUUUCGCAACGAAACUUCGGAAUAUUACUAAUUUUGUGAUGCUCUUUCAAGCUGUGAUGAAAUUUUUGUCCAGACUUGUCUAGAUCAAAAUUUCACUCAAAAGGGGAAAGGUCUAUUGACAUUAUAAACCACUGUUUAUCUCCAGGAACAACGCGAUGUUCAUUUAAAAGACUAUGAUGCUGAAAUAUUUGAUGAUGAUGAUUUUUACCAUCAGGUAUUCAUCUGUUUUUUCUCCUAGUUCUACAGCUUCUUCGUAGUUGUAAAGAUAAAGAAGGCUAAAUUUUUAUUUGCUCAUUUGAUUUAAGUCACGAGCUAAAACUCGGUUUUGUCUACUACAGCUUUUGAGAGAAUUUAUUGAAAGAAAAUCAAAUGUAGAUCCUAGUGAUCCGAUCGCUAUGGGAAGGUAAAUAUAUGCAUUCAGCUUGUACUUAAUUCAAUAAAAUGUUUUAUUAGACCAGGGAUAUAGUUAAAAAAUAUCUGUUUUUGCCGAAUAAUUUACUGGUUUUUUUUACAGUAAGUAUACUGUAAUUGCGUAAGUAUACUGCAAUUGCAAAUCACAGUGCAAUAAGACCGUGUUUGAAAAGAAAUGAAGUUAAUCUGUUACAGCCUUUUUACGAUCCGAUAUAUUAAUAAAGACUUAAGACAGUUAAAAACAGUCUCUGUGAAAUUACAGUACAUUCUCUGGCGUCCCAGUUGCCAGUACUUUUUACUGUAAAAUUAAUUACAGUUUUUUUUUUAAAAGUGUAUAGUUAAAAAAGUAUUUUUUUAUGAUCCAUGGUCAGACUAAAGGAAAUGUUUAUCUGCACUUUUCCCAUUUUUUUGCACUUGCAGGCAGUGGCUUGAGAUCCAGCGGUUAAGGAAUAAAGUGAAAAGAAAAGUUGAUACAAAAGCCAGUAAAGGAAGGCGGUUGAGGUAUUUUAAAACGCUCUGAAGUGGUGUCAAAUUACUAUAAUAGACGAGUGUAUGAUGAUAUCUCAAACGAAUCAGUAUUGAAACGCGCAAGUUGCGCACAUUUGGCCGCGCAAAUUUUAGGUGCGAUUUUCUUCUGAUGGGAUGUGAACGAGUGGAAGAAGAAAAUGUUAGUAGAAAUCGCAGCACAAAUGGACCAUUUGCAUUAUAGACUAAAUUUUGAUCUAAACAAGUCUAGACAAAAAUUUCAUCACAGCUUGAAAGAGCAUCACAAAAUUAGUAAUAUUCCAAAGUUUCGUUGCGAAAUGUUGUAAAAUGCGGAUAAUAUAGCCAUGCGAAGUUUGCCGUUUUUCAGUCAUUUUGCAUUACGCGGGGGAAAUUGACAGCCCAAUACCCUUCGGGGCUGUCAAUUCCCCGUUUGUAAUACAAAAUGACUGAAAAAUGGCAAACUUCGCCAGGCUAUAUUAUCCGCAUUUUACAACAUUUCGCAACGAAACUUUGGAAUAUUACUAAUUUUGUGAUGCUCUUUCAAGCUGUGAUGAAAUUUUUGUCUAGACUUGUUUAGAUCAAAAUUUAGUCUAUAAUGCAAAUGGUCCAUUGCAAGUGUAAACGGGCCUUUAAAUAUAGAAUGUUUAUUACCGCCGUAUGAAGACGAACGGUGCUGGUUUCCUUUGUGUUUUGCUCAUGAAUUAUUACGAAACCUUUCUUCUAGAUAUGAUGUUCACUCGAAAUUGGUCAGUUUCAUGGCACCACAAAACAGAGGAACAAUGGCGGAUUCAUCGAGGUUUGUCGAAAUUUACAAGCAAUGUCAGUAUGUCACAACUUUCGUAUUAGCAAACCUAACUGAAACACAUUCUUAACCCUUUAUACCCAAAUACUAAUCUCUCCAACGCGGGAUAAUAUGGAAAAUCACUCUUUAGUUUCAUUGUAUGCUCCGUAUUUUUAUAAUUUUAUUUAGAAACGAACUGUUCAGCUCUUUGUUUGGUAAGCGACAACCACAAGAAACUGCUGAUAUCAGUUUAUUCAGAUGACAAGAACUGCCUCACCAAUGGAACAGAAAUUAUUUUAACUGAAUAAAAGAAGUAGUAUUAAGGAUUAAAACUGUACUGUACAGCGGGCAUCUAAAAUAAAUAAUUUUUUACUCACCAAGUUGUUUUCAAGGAAUUGUUCAAAGUUGUUGGAAUCAUAUUAAGCCUGCAGGGUUCACAUAUGCCUGCGGCAUGCCUGCGACUGUAUCAUUAUGCCUCUACUUGCCGCCGAAAUACCGGCAAAGUUGAACUCAAGUCAACUUUCCCGGCCUACCGCCGAUGUAACUGUGGCACUGGAGGCAAUCGGUGACCAAAUAUUCACAUAAUUCACGUUUUAAGCUACCACCGGCAUCGUCGCCCGUACGUUCUACCCGUACGUCGCAGGCACGUCGCAGGCAUAUAUGUGAACCAGGCUUUAGCCUAAUCACCUAUCUCUAACCACUAUAUUAUGACACAAUAUGACACAUGAUCAGUCUGUUAGUGCUAAAGCCAGCAAACAGUUCAGUAUAUUAUUUAGCUCAGUGUUAAUAGUUCCGAGGUACACAAAUCGUAGUUAAGGUAUUUAUUCCGUACGGAGAAAAUACCCUUCCUUUUGGCGCGAAAAGUUUGAAAAACAAAUAUGGCGUGUUGAAAUUAUGAGUUCUUGAAAAAAUAUCCCUGAAAAAACGAAGUUUUAUGUGUAUAAAAAUACAGAAAUGAAAUCUCAUGUUAUAAUUUUCAACGUUUUCUUGCAUUUUUGCAUAAUUUCCUGUGGAAUUUCGAUUGAAUUUGACAACUUUUAUGUAGAGGUAAGAUAGAUUUCAUUUUCACACAUCUUGUCUUCUUAAUAUAAAACUUGUUUCCUGCUUAAUUUUUGUAUAGAAAUCCGGACAUUCAAAGGUGAAACCAGGCGAAAUUGCAGUUGUAUUUUGUAAGUUCUUGCUUAAUUCACAAUUUUGUUUGUUAUUGAAACUCAAAAAAAUAUUUUUUUACAGAUAUGACGGUUGCUAAUUCUGGCAUAAGUUCAAAAAAGAUUUAUUCCAAAAACACAAAAUGUUGUUGGGUCCAUCCUGGAAGUGGCUCAAAAUACGACUGCGAGGCAUGUUUGUCUUUAUUUUCUCUCUGUUUUUCAGACGUCUUCGCCACAAGCUUCAGUUUGACAUUCUUGUUUUUUUACUAG